AUGCAUUUAGAAGUAACGGAAAAGCAUGUGAAUAUGGAAUCAUAUAAACCUGCAAUUGAUCUACUUUUCGAUGAAGUUUCUCAAAUUUUUUGGAUUGUUCUAUUUUUCUACGUUAUUGUGUCAAUGAUUUGGAUUAUGUAUUGCUGUUAUAUUAACAAAAUGGAGCUCAGUCUAGUCGAGAAAAAGAUCGAGGAGAAUGGAGUGGCACGAUCAAAAGAAUUACAGAGACUCCUCGACGCCUACAACAAAAUAACGGCAGAAAAUCCAACUGCACCUAAUCCUCAAUCUUCAUCCAUCAUUAUCCCAGAACAAGUUUGA